CUGUCCCGUGAUCGUUUUGAUCCUGCGCGAUGCUCUCCCGUAGGAAUGUCGGUCAAUAUGUUGUUGUUGUUGUUGAAUCUGUCGCGAAAUUGCACGCAAAUAUUUAAUUUACAGUCUAAUAUGAGUUUCAACACGAAUAAUUAUUAAUGAAAGUGACUAUCGGAAGUGCAAAUGGUAACAAUAAAACCAACGUUGGGUGUUUUCUUCCUGCUAGGCUGCCUCCUCAAUCCUCUCAACUGUACCAACCAGCAUGUUAGCAGUUUCGUUCACAAAACGCAAGCAGCGUCGGAAAAACUCAGUGACCUAUGGUGCUAUCGAUGCGAUUCCAUGGUGGACGGAGAGAGAUGUUUAGAUUUGCAAGACAACAGCAGUUUUCUGCACACAAAAUGCCACCAUGACCACCGAAUAUGCAGGGUGAAACGUAUAUCGAUGUCGACGAGUACUGAGGAUACAACAGGGAAGCCGAAACUGUGGCUGCUUCAGAGAAACUGCUCGAAAAUCUGCGAAGCGGGCUGCAUUGUCAUAGGGGAGAGGACAAAGCUGCACUCCUGCACAACUUGCUGCGAAAAUUCUUUCUGCAACUCUGGCAACGCUGCCCGAAGUUAUCAUAAGCAAAUUUCCAAUAUUUCUCUCGUCUUCUCGACGUUCAUAUCGAUUCAUAUCAAAACGUACUUUAUAAAAUCAUAAGAAUGAACAAACGUAUCAUGUCCUUUGACGUCCUAAUAAAUUUUUAGGGAAAAUCAGAUCAAAAAAAUAUCCGUCUCCACAAACACCAAAGACACAACCGGAGAACCAAAACUUUGGUGGCUCCAAAGGAACUGUUCUAAA